AUGAAAAGCGAAGAAUCUGCGGAGAAGAAAAGUAGAGAAUUGGAGAGAAGAGUACUGGAGAAGGUGGAACACACAAUUACAUCUAUCAAUGUCUCCAAGCACGUCGACGAAGUCAUCACCGCCCUCUACUCUCUCGCUGCCUGCCUCUUCCCUCUGAAUCCCCACUCGUUUUCAGGUAGCGUUAAUGAGAAAUACAGAGACGAGUUGCAUGCUGUGGAGCUGCCCAGUGAAAAUGAGAGGACUGAAUGGUGGAAGGUUUUCUACAAAGGUUCCUCAUUUCGUGCUUUUGCUCGAGUUUUAUUAUAUGAUAUUGCUUCCAGUUGGCUGGCAUGCUUCCCAAUUUCUGCAAGGAAACAUGUGUAUGAUUUGUUCUUUGUGAAUGGUAGCACUGCCGAGGUAGUUCAGGUGGUUGUUCCUUGUCUACAACACAGUAGAAAUGACAGUCCUGAAACUGAUUCUGUGUGCACAAGUGCUGAGAGGUUACUUGUACUUUGCUUGCUCGAGAAUGAUGGGGUACUUAAGAUAGCUAAAGAAUUUACUGGUUGUUGUCACUCUGAAGAUCUGAGUCAUGAACAGCUCAAGCAGAUUAUUUCUAGGGUGGCACAACUUGUCACAGCUAUUCCUGACAAAGCAAGAAGAGGAGCCCCUAUUUCACUUUCACCGCAUUUGUUUUUCAAAAGAAUUACUACACAGCUUCUAAAUGGAAUAGAAGAAUGUGACAUGAAUUUAAUUGACGAAGCAGCUAUUUCUAAUGACAUUAACAUGUAUGGUGCUAUUCUUUUUGUUGGAGAAGUAUUUGCCCGCAUUUGUCGUCGAGGAUCUGCAGAUGUUCUAUUAAGUGAGGUUAUACCGCAGAUUCUUGGGCAUGUUCGGAGCUUGUUAUCAUCAACCACUAAUUUGAAGCUUAAUGAAACAAUUCAGUCAAGACCUGGUUUUCGCUUUUGGUUGAAGAUCAUGGAGGCAAUAAAAGAUCCCUAUUCUGUGGAAAGAAUAGCUGAACAGGUCUUGCAUCAACUAGCUGCUCAGAAUGCAAGUGACGUUGAAGGUUACUGGAUCUUGUGGAUUCUCUUUCAUCGGACCUAUAAGCACCAAAUUUCAAUCAGGUCUACAUUUGUUGAAAAAUUUUUAAUCUGGAAAGUAUUUCCCAUCUGUUGCCUGAGGUGGAUUCUUCACUUUGCUGUGCUCGAAUGUGUCCCUGAUAACACUUCUCAAGUGAAAUCUUAUAAUGCUAGUGGUCUCACAGACGCAGUACAGCGUCUUGUGUCAAUAUGGUCCAAACGAGAGUUUGUGCAAUCAGCCCCAACUGAGCAGCAAACCUACAUAACUGCUGCUUUAGGGCUUUGCUUGGAGAAGAUGGCAAAAGAAGAUCUAGAUGCAACAAAGGGUGCACUGCACUUGAUCCUUCAAGGAGUUAGUUGUAGGCUGGAGAGCCCUAUUUAUUUGGUGCGCAAAAUGGCAAGCAGUAUUGCUUAUGUAUUUUCCAAGAUUAUUGACCCUCAAAAUCCUCUGUAUCUUGAUGAUAGUUGCCAGGUAGAAACCAUUGACUGGGAGUUUGGGACAGCAAACCCUAGCAAAGGUUCUCUUGCAACAAAGAUGCAUUGCACUGAUGAAAAGGCUAAUAAAAGUGAGAGUCCUUCUACCAUGCUAUGUGGAAAGGAGAUUAGCGAGACAGAUGUUGAUGGAAAUGAUAAUAUGAUGAAGUCUAGAAAGAAGAAGCCAUCCAUACUUAAAUUAAUUGAUCCGGAUGAAGUUAUUGAUCCAGCAACACUAAAUAAUGAAUCGGUCUCCGAAGAAGAUGACAGUGACCAUGAAAGCGAAGAUUCUGAGACUUCAAGUGGACCUUCCUUGCAGCCUUACGACUUAACGGAUGAUGACUCAGAUUUGAAAAGAAAGUUCUCACAAUUAGUUGAUGUGGUUGGAGCACUAAGAAAAUCAGAUGAUGCUGAGGGUGUUGAAAGGGCUCUUGAUGUUGCUGAAACACUUGUUCGAGCAUCACCAGAUGAGCUCAAAUAUAUAGCAGGUGAUAUGGUUAGAACUCUUGUACAAGUACGAUGCUCUGACAUUACUGUUGAAGGAGGAGAAGAAUCAGCUGAAGAGAAAAGACAAAAAGCGCUAGUUGCGUUGAUUGUCACAAGCCCUCUGGAAUCUCUAGAUAGUUUGAACAAACUGCUAUAUUCACCUAAUGUAGAUAUCAGCCAGCGGAUAAUGAUCUUGGAUGUCAUGACAGAUGCAGCUCAGGAACUCGCAAAUGCAAGAAUCCAGAAGCCACGAAAUCAACCAAAGGCCCUUAUAACGUCCACUUCAGACCAACCCUGGUUCAUGCCAAGAAGCACUGGGCCUCCAGGAGCAGGGUCCUGGAAGGAGAUCUCAUCGACAGGAACUCCAUUAAACUGGUCGUAUUCUUAUGAAAGAGAACUUCCAUCCAGACCAGGUCAGAUCAAGAAAGGGAAGACACGUCGAUGGAACCAAAAAUCAACAAUGCACGAAAACCAGACUGAGUGGUCCCAGAAUAGGUUUCCCCAGUAUGCAGCAGCAUUUAUGCUUCCAGCCAUGCAGGGAUUUGAUAAGAAGAGACAUGGUGUUGAUUUGCUAGGGAGGGAUGUUAUUGUCUUGGGGAAACUUAUCUAUAUGCUUGGCAUUUGUAUUAAAUGCGCAGCGAUGCAUCCUGAAGCUUCUGUGUUGGCAUCUCCUCUUUUGGAUAUGCUAAGAUCCAGGGAGAUAUCUCAUCACAUGGAACCAUAUGUUAGAAGAUCUGUCCUUUUUGCAGCUUCGUGUGUAUUGUUGGCCAUUCAUCCCUCUUAUGUUGCGUCAGCCGUGGUAGAAGGAAACACUGAAAUCUCAAAAGGACUUGAGUGGGUUCGGACUUGGGCCCUUCAAGUUGCUGAAUCAGACACAGAUAGAGAAUGUUACACGCUGGCUAUGGCAUGUCUCCAACUCCAUGCUGAGAAGGCCUUGCAAGCGGCAUGGAGUCGGGUGAAUCAGGUUAGAAGUGAAAGUUGUUAA